AUGAUUAGUACUAGAGAUAUUGUAAAUAUUCCUUAUGUUAUUGGUGAUAAAUUAGCAGUGGUUUCACUAAAUGUAGAAGUUUAUGAACAAUUGCAAGAAUGGGAAAUGAUUCUUAAUAAUGAACAAGAAGAGUUAAGUGAAGAACAAAUUAAAAUAAAAAAUGAAUUUUUAGAAGCAGACAAAAUUAUUCCUACUCUGUCAACAAUUUCACAAAAACAUCAAGAUUCUUUAUAUAUUCGUCAGCCAAUUAGCACUAAGCUAAUAAAUACUUUAUUAAAUACAAUUUAA